UUGCCAGUGGUGGUAAUUUAUGGUAAUGCACCUUGAAAGGUAGAUCUCUUAACUCGAGCGUGUGUACAUACGAUAAUUAAUAUAGGUAUCGAAUAUGGCGACGAAAAAAAUGAAUGGACUUGGUGCGUCUCUCAAUAGAUUGUACAAAAGUAAUGUGUCGACGAUAAGGCAACGCGCGUACGCAACCGUGGACGAAGGGGAUACUCGAGUCACUCAUACUGGUCAGGUAUUUGAGAAGGACGACUAUCGACUAAUAAGAUUUGUCAACAGACCGAAAGAGGUUAAUGAGAAUUGGGCAAUCAAAUUGAUAGAUCAAGUACCGCCGUCACUCGAGAAGGAUAGAAUUGUAGCUUGCGACGGUGGCGGAGGCCCCCUUGGUCAUCCCAAAGUUUAUAUAAAUCUGGAUAAACCAGGAAAUCACACCUGUGGUUACUGCGGUCUGCGUUUUUACAAGGAGAACCAUCACUAGACGCUCUACACGAGUAGUUUACAAGUGUAACUUGAACUUAAGAAUGUAACGUUUGUUGCAAUAAAUGCGUAGAGUAAAAUUCAA